AUGCGGCCAGCAGCACCGAGCUGUACGCCCUUCGUCCCGUCGAUAAGAAGCCAACUAUGGUUGCCUGGCCUUGGAACACAAUCGCUUGCCGCAAGAUCAAGGCCAAUUGCUCUGAAAGCUUGCUUGCAAGGAAUAAAAAAGCGGUCAAUGCCUUCUUUACCUAGAAAAGGAUGUUAUGCCCCUGGGAUCUCUCAUCCUUCGCCGAUUCGAGGCACUAGAGCUCUCGCUGGCCAGGGUCAGGUCCGGUUUUUCAGAAAGGCCAACUACAUUGAAAAGAUCGGUGACAACGAAAGGACGGAGGAGAUCCUGGAAACACUUGAAGUGAAUGAUGAUGAAAAAUAUGCUCAGCCUCAGCGACAAAUACUGGAUGUAGAAGGCAGGAAGCACCCUCCACCAACGUCUCAGAUGGAGACAUGGUCGGAACACAUGACUCGCGGUAAAAUGUUGACAACACCAUCGCGGCUGUUCAAAUUGAUUAUUCCGCUGACGACGAUGGAUAAGAGUCAUGAUAAAGGCAUUGAACCGAUUGCCAUCUUAGUUCAUCCACAACAACCCCUGUCAUACUUGGAACGAUUAAUUCAAUCGGAGGUACCACCUAUCGAUGGCGAGACAGUCAAACGGCCACCAGCGGUAUCCUUCAUCGCGCUCCAACACGAAGAUAACGCGAUAAAACCUAGAAAAAGAAUAGAAGAGGACCUCGAGGUUGAUUCUGCCUCUCCCGGUGCUAGCUCCAAAAGCGCGGGUGACGGAAAUGGUCAGCAAUUAGGUAGUAGUACGCACAUUGAGCGACGACGACGAUCUCGAGAGGAGGAUGCCGAGACAUACAACUACCCCCGCAAGACAGACUCUAGUCUCGAUCCCCUAAACGGAGAACCAGAGCGAUUUGUACGAUGGUCUCAAGCCACUGAAGUCGGCGAUUUCAUUCGCGAUGCGGCUCGCGCUCGGGAGUUUAUUGUCACAAUCGAGGGUGCGCCAGAAGGACUAGGCCAGAUCAGAGUCACGGUGCCAUCAUUCAACGAGCGUACAUAUUUCUUGCGCAUGAGGCUGCGGAAGCUAUCGCGAAAGAUCCAGGGCAUUGCAGAGAUCAAACAUGAAUGUGAUCACCUGGCGCAUCGUGGAGCCCGGCGUGUGGCUAUUGGUGGCUUUGGAAUUCUCGCCACAUGGUGGCUCACAGUUUACAAGCUAACCUUUGGAACCGAUCUGGGUUGGGAUACCAUGGAGCCGGUGACGUACCUGGUCAGUUUGUCUACGCUGAUGGGCGGUUAUCUCUGGUUCCUAUACCAUAAUCGGGAAAUCUCCUACAAAUCCGCGCUCGACUUCACUGUCAGUGCGCGCCAGCGAAAGCUCUAUCACCAGCACAACAUAGAUCUACAACUGUGGGAGACCUUAAUCGACGAGGGCAAAGCCCUUCGUCGGGAAAUCAAAAGCAUCGCUGCUGAAUACGACGUUGAAUGGAACGAGCUCGCUGAUGAACAAGAUGAGCGAGUCACUCAGGCGCUAAGAUCAGAGGGAAAGAAGGACGAUCAGAAGAAGGACAAGAGCGAUAAAGACGGAGAGGACGAUGAUUGA